UGUCAGCUUCUCACGGUCUGCUGGAUUGAGGUGUGGCCUGGCUGGCUCACCGGGCUCGUCGGAGAUACCCCGUCGAUCCGUCUACGCUUUCCACUUCCCUUCCCACCCAGAUGUUUCACGACUCAGAUUCAAGAGUAUCGGCCGCCAAGUCCCCUCCUGAAUCAAUCCGUGGCGGCACCAGAGCUAUUCUACAACCAUCCCAUCUUUCUCAGGCAUUCCAGCUCUCAGCCAAGCCUCCGGAAUAGACCACUCACAUCAAGCCUCGCCAACACGCCUCUAGACUUGCUCAAAGCUUAUCCUUGCGGUCAAUUGCCCUGUCCUCGUUUCCAAGGUAGCCCCUUUUCGAGGUUGCCCUUUUCUAAUUUUUCUUGUUGGACAAGCGUCCACACGCUCUAG